AUGCUGACCCACGCUGGAUAUAUAUACAGCUUGGAUAUUCCGACGUGGAACCCUGGUCAAGCAGCUGUUGGACUCGGUGAUAGCAACAUCAAAAUUUGGAACUUUAUGGACAAUUCUGGUUUAAGUGGCCAACGGCACAAUUUCUAUGAGUCUCGUAUAUUGUGGAAAGGAUUGCAAGGACAAAUAUUAAAAGUUCGAUGGCACCCUACGCGAGAAAAUAUCUUGGCUUACAGCACUGAAUACGGUCGUGUCGGUGUUUACGAUACAAGUAGUAACAAAUGCCACCAAUUCAAAACAUAUUACAACACCAAAGGCUCUAUAUCCAUCAGCUGGGCUUCUGAUAUUCAAAUUGGUGAAACAUUCGUACGCGAUGCGAUCAUAUCGUGCGGUCCAAACAAUAUUGCCUAUGCAUUCGAUGUCAAGCAACCCACCGCUAAAGCAGUCAACGUUACGGACUGGAUUCGCCAGGUCAACCCAGCCUGGUCCACGAUCAUGGAGGCCAAAGUAAAGACAAGCCGAUGCUGCGCAGCUGUCGAUCCACAAUCCCGUUUCCUAGCUUUGGGAAAUACUGAUGGUGCGGUGGAAGUGUAUCGACUCGACACGUUUAGAAUUGUCUAUGUGGCGAACUCUCAACAAACAGCUGUAAAAGUACUUUCAUGGCGUGAUGGAUCUACGCUGUUGGCAGUGGGAUACAAUUCGGGCACCAUCACAAUUCACAAUAUUGCCGAGCAACUUUAUGAUGCUCCAGAAGUUCCGAUACCAAAUACUACUCCCAUGCACACGAUUACUGAGCACAAGAAACGCAUCACUGGUCUUGCAUGGAGUCACCAUCAAGAACGAUCACUCCUGGCUUCUACUGCAAAUGAUGAAUUUGCCUAUGUCUUUGAUAUUCAGAACGGAUCUGCUGUAUCAUGUUUUGAUCAGCAUCUGAGCAACGUACUUUCCGUUUGUUGGAGUGCUGAAGAUAUGGAUACGUUGUUUACAGGUGGAGAGGACAAGUUCUGUUACGUCUGGAAGUAUACUGAUUAUCCUUACACAACUCAGAAAAGGGGCGCAAGUGGUCCCAAGCUUAACGAAUUGAUGAGCAGCUUAAAACGAUCAUCCAACAUUUGUCGACAGCCCCAGUUGCUGCGUCACUGUAUACAUUUAGCGGCUCGCAUUUACGGUGGAGAUAUUAAUGAAGCGGUCAAAGUAGUUAAGAAUCGGAUUCCUGGCGAUAUUGAUCAAGCAGAAUAUGAAUAUGCUGUUUACGCUGAGCAGGAGCUAGGUGGUGAUACUCAAGAUGAACAAGACGAAGAUAGCAAGAACUUGGGCCUUUUCUUUGAUGACAAAAAUGCUAUGCGGGAACUGAUAGGCAUUGAAGGUAAAAUACAUAUUGAGGAACCAGCGGCAGUAGCAGAUAGUUAUGACGGGCGACUCUUGCUGGAUAUCAUACAAAGCAAUUACAAGGCUUUCGAAUCCAGUCCAGUGAAUUGGGUGGCGCUGGCGCUAAGUCCCAUGGCUGGCAAGGAAACAUGGUUGAGUUUGAUGGAAACACAAGCAAAGCAUUUGGUCAAGCAGAGUCAGCCAGUUUUAGCGGCGACGUGUUUUUUAGCAUGCUCUAAAAUAUACGAUGCUAUCCGUGUGUAUCGCGAGGCUGCCAUGUACCGAGAGGCGAUUGCUCUAGCAAAACUACGGUUACCAGAGGAAGAUCCUAUAAUUUCGACUCUAUUUGCGGAGUGGGCAGACAGACUACAAAAGAAAGCAACUCAAGAGGAAUUGGCUGCUAUGUGGUAA